GCUGCUGACGAACCAAUCGGCAGCCCCUACUACAACCCUUCCGUACAUUCACGCUGAGUGUGAUUUUCUGCACAUAGCGGAGCACGUUCUUGUUUCCUGUGGGAAUUCGUUUGGAGAAGCCUAGCUUGUUGGGUCUCAGCACGGCUCAGCACCUGCCCUCAAUAUCAGCCUGCUACAAGGUCUGCUGGACCCUCCUUGCCAGAUGUAGAGGGAGCUGUCAUCGACAGCAGCUGUGUACACGUUCCUUGCGCGGUCUAGUGAAGUAGCCUUACCAUGCGGGAAUACAAGCUAGUGGUCCUGGGGUCAGGAGGCGUGGGGAAGUCAGCACUGACAGUUCAAUUUGUGCAAGGCAUUUUUGUGGAGAAGUAUGACCCCACAAUAGAGGACUCCUACAGAAAGCAAGUGGAGGUGGAUGGACAGCAAUGCAUGCUGGAGAUCCUUGACACGGCCGGAACUGAACAGUUCACGGCCAUGAGGGACCUCUACAUGAAGAACGGCCAGGGCUUCGCUCUGGUCUACUCCAUCACGGCACAGUCGACGUUCAACGACCUGCAGGACCUGCGGGAGCAGAUCCUCAGAGUCAAGGACACCGAGGAUGUUCCCAUGAUCCUGGUGGGCAACAAGUGCGACCUGGAGGACGAGCGCGUGGUGGGGAAGGAGCAGGGGCAGAACCUCGCCCGCCAGUGGAACAACUGUGCCUUUUUAGAGACCUCAGCUAAAUCAAAGAUCAACGUAAACGAGAUUUUCUAUGACCUGGUGCGACAGAUCAAUAGAAAAACGCCGAUGGAAAAGAAGAAGGCCAAGAAGAAGUCCAACUGCACGCUGCUGUAAGAGGCCGGUGAGCCACAGCGCUAAGCCAGAUCCCUGUAAUGAUUAGCUGUUGCCCAUUCGGAUGGUGCCAGCAUUCCAAGCCCACUCUGGAUCCCAUCGACAACGGCUGACAGAGAACCACUUCACCACUCUGGAGAGGAGACGGCACAUUAUUUUAAGAUUUUCUUCUCUCUUUUUAAUGGUGAAGAGCCCCCCCCCCCCCCCCCCCCCCCCAAACACGUAAUUCAUCAUUGUUGGCCUUGGUUGAUGACAACUGUUAUCUUUCUUUUCAACGGUCUUAUCUUUUAACAAAAUGUCAGGUUUCAAGGAAAGACCAUAUAAUAUAUGGAGACUAAAGUGUUUUAUGAAAGUAACACAACUGUUUUUUUUUUGGCAUAUUGUGACUAUGUUUGCAAAAGGAAUCAUGUACGUGGGCCGUCUUAUGCCUUCUUCUGCACUCACCGUGUCAACAACAUGCAUUGUGGUCCAUAGGUUUCAUACUGCUAGGAAGUGUCUUCGUGAGAUCGCAUCUCUCCUAUAAGUGACUUUGUUUUAUAUUGAAAGCUGCCAGGCUUUCAUAUUUCCCAUAAUAUAUUCUAAUUCCAUUUUUGCAUAAUGAAGCUAAGGAAAUUAGUAUUUUAUAGACUGAUGGGUGAAAUUACGCUUUUUUUUUUCUGUCUUGAAGCUGAAAUUAUAUUGUACUAACUCUAAUAAUUCUUCUUGUGUUACCCUGUCACACAUGAUUUUCCAGCUUUUAUGAAUGAUUAAAUUUUAGUACAUUUUCAUUGUUUUCGUCUUGGUCUAUCUUUAAUUAGGAUAUAUAAUUAUGAUAUUCAUUGGGCCAAUGAUGUCAAAAGGCACUGGCCUACCUGGUAUUGAACAACAGCUUUGCUGGUGAUGGACUUUGUUCAGUAUAAAACUGCUUUUUUAUUAAGUAUGAUAAAGAAAUAAAGUGAUCUAUCAAAGCUACUUUGAUUAAGCUUGUAUCAGUUAACUUAAGGGCUAUGAUACAUAGCAUGAAUGACUGGCUAAUUAAAGCAAGAUGCUUGUAGAUGGACAGAUAUCCAGGCCUGUUAACCCUGUACCAAAUUAUUGAACUUCCUGCUUGUUUUCUAAUGAGGCCCAAACAUGAUUUGUUAUUUCAGAAUCAUUUCCAAUUACUGAAAUGAGGGUUAUCCAGUUCCAAACAAUUUUAGACUUCUUUGGUACCAGUUUAUUAGGCCACUAUUCAGUUUAUUAAUGUGUGGUUCUUGAUAUCACCUAUAGGUGUCAGCAUCA